AUGUCACUACACUCCCUCUCUUCAUGGCUGUCAUCAUCGAUACAGCAAUACUCGACAGUGUCAUGGCUCACUCCCAAAUCUCAUUUCCUUCUUCGUAUCGUAAUAACCUUGGCCUUUAUUUACACUGCUGGAUUUUUCUUGUUUUUUCGUGUGAAAUCACAAGCCGUUCUUCCGAGAAGUGAAAAAAUUGGCAAUCUUGAUGUCAAUAACAACAAGUCGACGUCCCUAUCAUACCCGAAUCGUCAAAAUUUUAUUAGAAUUGAUCAAUUACUACAUCGAUAUGAACCUCCUAAAAUUCCUUCCAUUUUCCAAUCCUUUGAAUAUCAAUUUGGCAGUUAUGACAUUGGAGAAAAUGAUGAUCCCAAUAAUUUACCAAAUUCACAAAGUUUUUUCAAAGCAUCGACUUCACUCUUUCACUCCACUCAAUUACAAUCAAAAUAUUUACUUCAAUCUCAACAUCAAUGUAUCAUUCAAAGAGAAUGGAAUCGUGUGAGAAAUAACAUUCCAUAUACAAGUUGUAAAUUUGAGAAUAUUUGUAUCAAUCGGAGAGGAGAAUGGAUUUUAUUUUCAAACUCUAAACAUGAUCGUGUCAUGAGUGGUCAACGUUGGAUUCACACCACAGCCUAUCAUUCCAUUGAUUCAUUACAAAUUCGAGUGAACACAUCACCCACACUCAUUUUGAAACACGAUGGUCAAGUUCUUAAGAAACAACAACAACAACCAUUUACAUCACAACACUACAACAACCAACCUUCAUCCAAUUUUACUACCAUGAUUCUUUCUAAAAGAUUUAAAUGGGUUUCAACUCCAACUUUGGUCUUCACACGACAUGCCAUGGGAAAUUUAGGACAUGCUUGGUUAGAUAAUUAUUUACCUUUAUUUAACUUGAUGAUGAUAUUUGAAUAUGUACAACGAGAAAAUCAUAUUCUCUAUCUAGAUUUUGAACAAGAUCAUGUCGAUGAAAUUGCACAUCUUUUUUCAAACAAACCAGCGCUUCAACAAUGUGUGAAUGAAAAUGGAACUUUUAUUGAAGAGGCACCAUGCAUGUAUUCUCCUCCUCGUCCUGAACAACUUGAUAGAAUUGGAGAUGAAAUUGAUACUUGUUUUUCAUCAGUAUUGUCAGGAAAUGUUGGAUCUUUUUUUCAACACAUUGAACGGAGAGAUCAUAUUCUACCUGCUUUUAGAAAUUACUUGUUGAACAAGUUGAAAAUUCCAUAUUCUAAAUUUUUGGAACGACAAAAAACUCUGGUCAUUGCUAUUCAAAAUAAGCCUUUGCAUUCAAAUAAUAAGGAUGCCAUUAUUAAUGUCGAUCACAUUGUGAGAUAUUUAACCAAGCUGAAAAAACAAAUAUUGGAUCGAGUGAAUCAGCGGAAUGGCAAUGCAUAUGAAAAAAUUGAAAUUGUGAAUUUGAAAUUAGAGUCCAUGUCUGUGGCUGCACAAAUUGAAUUUUUCACAACGUUGAAUGUUUAUGUGACCACACAAGGAUCAGCAUCUUACAUGUCACUCUUCAUGUACAACCCAAAUGCUGUCAUGAUUUAUGUCCCAUUUUGUAUGAAAGAAACAUUCAUGUGCUCGGAUGUGAAUGCAAGAGUUCAUGAAACUUUUUCAAAUGUACGAACCAUUUCUCUCAUGAAUCAUCUCCAUUUGGUUCAGUGUGUCACAGAGAAUUCAGACCAAGCGCCAGGAUUUCCUGUGAAGCCAUUCGACGUCACUCCUACUGAUUUUAAAGGCAAUUGCCACGAACGAGUUCAGCCUAAAGGGCUGAAGGAGCUUAUCAUCAAGUCCCUUCAACGAGAAUUGUAG